CAAAGUUCAGAAAGGAGCCCCAAGCAACUCUGAACCAGUGCAGCAGCAACAGCAAACAUGGAUAUUACCCUGUGGACCUCUCAUGAGAAGAUGUUGACACAGCCCCUCAAGGAUAGUGAUGCCGAGGUUUACAACAUUAUUAAAAAAGAGAGCAACCGGCAGAGGGUUGGAUUGGAGCUGAUUGCCUCGGAGAAUUUUGCCAGCAGAGCUGUGUUGGAGGCCCUGGGAUCUUGCUUAAAUAACAAGUACUCUGAGGGGUAUCCAGGCCAAAGGUAUUACGGUGGGACUGAGUUCAUUGAUGAGCUGGAGACUCUGUGUCAGAAGCGUGCGUUGCAGGCCUAUCACCUGGAUCCUCAGUGUUGGGGAGUCAAUGUCCAGCCUUAUUCAGGCUCCCCUGCAAACUUCGCUGUGUAUACUGCCCUGGUCGAGCCCCAUGGACGUAUCAUGGGCUUAGACCUGCCAGAUGGAGGUCAUUUGACUCAUGGCUUCAUGACAGACAAGAAGAAAAUCUCUGCUACGUCUAUCUUCUUUGAAUCUAUGCCUUAUAAGGUGUACCCAGACACUGGCUACAUCAACUAUGACCAGCUGGAGGAGAAUGCCAGCCUCUUUCACCCAAAGCUGAUCAUUGCAGGGACCAGCUGCUACUCUCGGAACCUGGACUAUGCACGUCUGCGAAAGAUUGCUGAUGAUAAUGGGGCAUAUCUUAUGGCAGACAUGGCACACAUCAGUGGGCUGGUGGCAGCUGGUGUGGUACCCUCCCCUUUUGAACACUGCCAUGUGGUAACCACCACAACCCACAAAACCCUGAGAGGCUGCCGCGCUGGGAUGAUAUUCUACAGAAAGGGUGUGCGUAGUGUGGACCCCAAGACUGGCAAAGAGAUUCAUUAUGACCUGGAGUCACUCAUCAACUCUGCUGUGUUUCCAGGCCUACAGGGGGGCCCCCACAACCAUGCCAUUGCUGGUGUUGCUGUGGCCUUGAAGCAAGCCAUGACUACAGAAUUCAAAAUAUACCAGCUCCAGGUUGUGGCCAACUGCAGGGCUCUGUCUGAGACUCUCACAGAGCUAGGCUACAAAAUAGUCACAGGUGGUUCUGAUAAUCACUUAAUCCUGGUGGAUCUCCGUUCUAAGGGGACCGAUGGUGGAAGGGCUGAGAAGGUACUAGAAGCCUGUUCUAUCGCCUGCAACAAGAAUACCUGCCCAGGUGACCGGAGUGCAUUACGGCCCAGUGGGCUGCGACUGGGGACCCCAGCAUUGACAUCCCGUGGACUUAUGGAAGAAGACUUCAAAAAAGUUGCACACUUUAUCCACAGAGGGAUUGAGCUGACUCUGCAGAUUCAGAGCGACAUGGCUGUGAAGGCCACCCUGAAAGAGUUCAAGGAGAAACUGGCAGGGGAUGAGAAGUACCAGAGUGCUGUAAGGACUCUGCGGGAGGACGUGGAGAGUUUUGCUUCAAGCUUCUCCCUACCUGGCCUGCCCGACGUCUGACAGAGCUAGAAUAGCCAGCAUCUACCUCAUGGGUAGGACUGCUCCAGGACCCCAUGCCCUCUCGACUACCAAGCUGCCCUGCAGCAGCACUAAGCCUGCCCCAUGCUUCGGAGGGUGUUUCUGACAGGCUGAUUUCAGUUUAGAAAUUCUGAAACUUCACUUCUUGGCAGCUGUAUAUAAUUAACUAUUCUGAAAAAAAAAGUACUUUGUAGCCAUUUGAUCUCACUGAUUGCAGUAUGAGGCAGAGCUAUUAAAAAUUACAGAAUUCUUCUUUCUCCUUUUUCAGUGGGUCCUGUGGCAGGUAAGGAAAUGUUAGGUUCACUCUUGUGUUACCCUUGUGUUUUUCAAUUUUUCCUAUUCUGUUGCCCAGUAGAAUGCCAGAGGAGCACUGAAUUUUCUGCUCUGAGCUUGAGAUUAUAAACUAGACAAGUAUAUAAGCAAGAGUUAGGGUUGGGUGCUCAAAAGAUGACUAGGCUGCUCUUCCAGAGGGACCCUGAUCGCUAGUACCCACAUGAUGGAUCCCAGUCAUCUGUAAGUUUGGUUCCAGGAGAUUCAACACCUUCUGGUUGCUAAAGGCACUAGGCAAACAUGAGGUACAGACAUACAUACAAGCAAAAUAGCAAUACAUGUAACAUUUUGUUUUAAAGAAAAUUACUAUCAGCAGUUUGAAAUGUUAUAGAAGGGCUACGGGUGUCACUUAGAGGUACUGUACAUCAAAGUCUGUAUGGUUUUGCCUAGGGCCUUGGUUCAUGCCUAAGGCACAACAGUCUUAUAGAACUGGCUGUCUAUGGAAGUGCAAAUCUCUUUCUGGUUUGAGAAUCAGCAGAGGCCAAAUCUUUGUGUUCCACUUUCCUGAGAUAACCAGCUCCUUCUUAUAAUUAGGAACCCACAUGCCACCUUCCCAAAGAAUCUUUAUUUUUCACAUUGUUGAAUUGCAAACCAUCGGUGACUUUUUUUAAAUAUGCACAAUCAAAUUUUUACCCACAGAAUGUCUACAAGAAUUAUAGCUUUAAAAAAUACAACCAGUUCUUAUAUUUUAAAAAUAUCUGAACUCAAAUAAAUUAAUAUCUUAAAAAGUA